AUGUAUAAGGACUUUAUGUAUGGGUAUGAAUAUUCCAACCACAUGAAACUAGUUCAACCAGGUGAGCAACAACCUUUGAUUUAUUUACCACAUAAUCAUGUGUGUCGGUUGGAUAGUUCUUCUACAAAACUAAGAGUUGUUUUCGACGGAUCAAGUAAGAUGAAUGAUGGGUGUUCGCUUAACGAUCGAUUAUAUCGUGGUCAUAAAUUGCAAAAGAACAUUGUUGAUGUCAUCACACAUUUCAGAUUUCCAGCCCUUGUGUUUACCGCAAAUAUACGUCAAAUGUUCCGGCAAAUACAAGUUCACGGGGAAGAUCAGCAGUUUCAAGGUAUCGUAUGGAGAGAUGAUUCAUCGAAACCCAUACAGAGUUACAGACUUUCAACAGUCACAUAUGGAUUGAUCACCUCACCAUAUCAUGCCUUACGUGUCUUAAAACAAUUAGCACUGGAUGAGCAAAACAACUACCCAAUAGGAUCGAAGAUCUUAUUAAAUGACUUUUAUGUUGAUGAAGUCAUGAAUGGUGGUGAUAAUCUAAGUGAAGUAUUACAUAAAAUUCAAGAACUUACAGCAUUAUUAAAUCAGGGAGGGUUUGAGCUACGCAAAUGGGCAAGCAACCACCGUGAAGCCUUACAACACAUACCCUCUGAACACCAAAUUAAAGAGAUUUCAUUCAAGGAAGAUAUAGAUUUCACAAUAAAAAUAUUGGGCAUCAAUUGGAACACAACGAAUAACACAUUCACAUUUAAGGCGGAACCAAUGAAAGUUAUCUCCCAUCUAACCAAAAGGGAACUAUUAUCUAAAAUUGCAAGAAACUUUGAUCCUUGUGGUUGGUUGGCCCCCUUAGUAGUUGUUGCUAAAUUAAUAAUGCAACAAUUGUGGCAAGAGCGCUUAGAGUGGGAUGACACUAUCCCCCAACAUUUAUUUAACGCUUGGAAAAUUCAUAGAACAUCAUUCAAAUUCUUAAACACAUUUAAAGUACCACGGCAUAUAAUGAAUUCAUCAGCGCACAGUACAUUUCUACUGCACGGUUUCGGUGAUAGCUCUGAAAAGGCCUAUGCCGCUGUAGUCUAUCUCGUCUCCACUCAAAAACAUUCGGCAUCCAUGUUGCUAACAGCAAAAACGCGAGUUGCACCAAUUAAGAAAAUGACCAUUCCAAGAUUGGAGUUAUGUGGUGCGCUGUUGCUUGCUGAGCUUACUAACGCCCUACUUAAAUCGACUAACAUAAACAUACAAUCAGUAAAUUUGUGGUUAGAUUCAAUUGUUACAUUACAUUGGAUUGGUAGUGAUCCAGCUAGGUGGCUGACGUUUGUCUCAAAUAGAGUAGGACAGAUCCAAACCUUGACGCCAUCAGCGGUUUGGCGAUACGUUCCUUCUGCAGAUAAUCCAGCAGAUGUGGCCUCAAGAGGCUCAAAUGGCCAAGAGCUUACUGCAAAUCAGUUAUGGUGGAAUGGUCCCAGAUGGCUUACUACCCCUGCAGAGUGGCCAGUAGCGGACAAUUAUGAAAAUUCUACAUUUAACAUUGAAGAAAGAACAGUGCAAUGCAGUAUGGCAAUAACAACCACAUCAGGCACUUCGUCAAGUUUACAACUGCUGAAUCGUCAUUCUAAUCUAGAACGGUUAUUGAGAAUUGUGUCUUAUAUUAUUCAAUUUUGCAGGAACUGUAGACCUAAGGCCAACCCGACUGCUGGAAGCUGUACUGUGAGUGAAAGGCGCUAA